GAAAACUAGAGGCCAGGGUGUGUGUAUGUGGGUUUGUUUAUCUGAAACACUUCAACAACAGAACAGAAGCAGAGGAAGAGAAGAAGCCUCAAAAUAUGGCGGCAGAGUCACUGAGGUUGUCGUCUUCGUCUCUUUGCAAUCUUAAUGGUUCUCAGAGGAGGCCAACCCCUCUCUCUGCGGUUCGCUUCAUGGGUCUUCGGCCUCGACCCUUUUACUCUUUCCCUUCAUCUUCCCUUUCACUAUUCUUUGGGAGUAACCGAAUCAACUCCAAUUCUUCCAAUUCACGCCAACUUGCUCCAAGAAGAAACUUUUCUGUUUUCGCUAUGUCCGCUGAUGAAACAAAGCGCGCUAUUCCUUUGAAGGAUUAUCGCAACAUUGGCAUCAUGGCUCACAUUGAUGCUGGAAAAACAACUACAACCGAACGAAUUCUCUUCUACACUGGAAGAAACUACAAAAUUGGAGAGGUACAUGAGGGAACAGCAACUAUGGACUGGAUGGAACAAGAACAAGAAAGAGGGAUUACCAUUACUUCUGCUGCAACCACUACAUUUUGGAAUAAGCACCGGAUUAACAUCAUUGAUACUCCCGGUCAUGUUGACUUCACCUUAGAAGUGGAGCGUGCUCUUAGGGUUUUGGAUGGAGCUAUAUGCUUGUUUGACAGUGUUGCCGGUGUGGAACCACAAUCAGAAACCGUGUGGAGGCAAGCUGAUAAAUAUGGGGUCCCACGAAUUUGUUUUGUCAAUAAAAUGGACCGUCUUGGUGCAAACUUUUUUCGAACAAGAGACAUGAUUAUAACAAAUUUAGGUGCCAAACCACUUGUAGUUCAGUUACCAAUCGGUUCAGAAGAUAGCUUUAAGGGAGUUGUUGAUCUUGUUAGGAUGAAAGCUAUAGUUUGGUCUGGAGAAGAGCUGGGUGCCAAGUUUGAUUAUGUUGAUAUUCCAGCUGAUCUUCAGGAGCAGGCUAAGGAUUACCGAUCCCAGAUGCUAGAAACCAUAGUUGAGUUCGAUGAUGUGGCUAUGGAGAACUACCUGGAAGGAAUUGAACCAGAUGAAGAAACUAUAAAUAAAUUAAUUAGGAAGGGAACUAUAUCAGCCAGUUUUGUGCCAGUGUUGUGUGGCUCAGCUUUCAAGAACAAGGGGGUCCAACCAUUGCUUGAUGCUGUAGUGGAUUAUCUACCGUCACCACUUGACGUGCCACCAAUGAAGGGUACUGACCCCGAAAACCCAGAAGUGACAAUAGAGAGGAUAGCAAGAGAUGAUGAACCAUUUUCUGGACUAGCUUUUAAGAUCAUGAGUGAUCCAUUUGUAGGCUCCCUUACGUUUGUCAGGGUGUAUGCUGGAAAGCUAAGUGCAGGGACUUAUGUACUCAAUGCAAACAAGGGGAAAAAGGAGAGAAUUGGUAGACUUCUAGAAAUGCAUGCAAACAGCAGAGAGGACGUUAAAGUGGCAUUAGCAGGUGAUAUUAUUGCUCUUGCAGGUUUAAAAGAUACUAUUACGGGUGAAACUUUGUGUGACCCUGAUAAUCCUAUCAUGCUUGAGCGGAUGGACUUCCCUGAUCCUGUGAUUAAGGUUGCAAUUGAACCCAAAACUAAGGCUGAUGUUGACAAGAUGGGAGCUGGUCUAGUGAAGCUUGCACAGGAAGACCCUUCUUUCCACUUCUCACGCGACGAAGAGGUAAACCAGACAGUGAUUGAAGGAAUGGGAGAAUUACAUCUUGAAAUCAUUGUUGAUCGACUCAAAAGAGAAUUUAAGGUGGAAGCUAAUGUUGGUGCUCCCCAAGUAAACUACAGGGAAAGCAUUUCCAGAAUCUCGGAAGUGAAGUAUGUGCACAAGAAACAAUCAGGUGGACAAGGUCAGUUUGCUGAUAUCACUGUACGGUUUGAACCUAUGGAUCCAGGUAGCGGAUAUGAGUUCAAGAGUGAAAUCAAAGGAGGUGCUGUACCAAGAGAAUACAUUCCGGGGGUGAUGAAAGGAUUGGAAGAGUGUAUGAGCAACGGUGUGCUUGCUGGAUUUCCAGUUGUUGAUGUACGUGCAGUACUUGUGGAAGGUUCUUACCACGAUGUAGAUUCAAGCGUGCUGGCAUUCCAGUUGGCAGCAAGAGGAGCUUUUCGGGAAGGAAUGAGGAAAGCUGGACCAAGGAUGCUUGAACCUGUAAUGAAGGUUGAAGUUGUUACUCCUGAAGAACAUCUAGGUGAUGUAAUUGGCGAUCUCAACUCAAGAAGAGGACAGAUCAACAGUUUUGGUGACAAACCGGGUGGCCUCAAGGUGGUCGAUGCUCUAGUACCUCUUGCUGAGAUGUUUCAGUACGUGAGUACACUCAGAGGGAUGACAAAGGGUCGUGCAUCCUACACAAUGCAAUUAGGCAUGUUUGAUGUGGUGCCUCAGCACAUUCAGAAUCAACUUGCCACGAAGGAGCAAGAAGUUGCCGCUUAAUGUAUUUCCUUGGUCUCCUAACGAGGAUCAUCUUCCCUUCUAUAGUUGUAUUAUGUUCAUUUUCCUAUAGUUGCGGUUUUCUUUUUCUUUUUGUCUUUUUUAUUGUAAUUUUCUUUGUAUCAAUACAAGGUUAGCCAAAAAAAUUUCAAAAGGAAAAAACCAACAAUACGAUUUUUCCUCCCAAGUUUGAGAGAAUGCACUAUUACGGAGCAAAUAUUAUUGGGAAAAAUGUUUGUCGUUUUAAAUGAUAUA